AACACUAUAAGAAGCUCAAGAAGACUGUUCUAUCUCCCCGUAUUACUCCCGCGCCUUGUUAUUGUUGUGUUUGCCUUCUCAUUCCAAGCAACAACAAGAGAAGGGAGAAGAGAUCACAGCAAGGUACGAUGAAAGGAAAAGAAGGUCCAUCUUCUUCGCCACUUACGGCAGUUGCCUGCUGCAUGUGCGGCGAUCCCGGGAUAUCUGAUGAGCUUUUUCGGUGCAAAAUCUGCCAUUUUAGACUUCAACACAAAUACUGCAGCAAUCUCUACCCAAAAAUCAAGCAUUACAGCUCUUGCAAUUGGUGCUUAAGAGAGGGAGGAGGGAACUCUGCUGUUCAAGAAUCCACCAUGGAUCAAAGCCAUUCUCUCUCGUCCUCCUCUGAUCUUGCAGCUGGUGCAGGUUUCGGAGUUAAGUUCCAUCGAGAUGUCUCUGCAACACAUCUCAAGACUCUCAACAAGACUGUCAAGAAACGCCGAACGACUGCGAGGCUGUCACCGCCGGCUGUGAUUGAGAAAUCGCAAUCAGACUUGCCCUCGUUGAGUUCCAGCAGACCGAAGCAAGCCUUUAGAAGUAAGAUUAGGAAGUUUAAGCUUUUGGAAGAGGUAUGCAGCUAAACAUAUACAGCUACUCAUGUACAUGUGCACUACCUGGAAGCUCCAUACCAUCCUGGUUUUCUUCCGGUUGAGAGACAUAGAAAGAGGAUUGUAAAACACAAGUUCUGCGAGUCAAUGAUGACCUAUACAUAAAUAUUAUGGCAAUGGUAACACUACUGUUGUAAUGAGGCGUUGCUGAGGAAGAACUACCCUCUUUACUGAACUCUAAU